UCGUUUGGACGUGUAUUUAUAGCAGUGCUGCUUGAACGCGAGCAAUCCGAUUAAGAAAUAGAAAAACAACAACAUAUAAUUAACACAGUGAGAUAGGCAGCAAACGCAGAUCCGAGUGAGUGUUCGCAAAACGAGCAAAGUUUAAAAUUAAACAAAUUGUAAAAUCAAAAGAAAAAAAUAAUGCAAAUAAGUAUGUAAAUGAAAAAGUAGCAGAAUCGAUGCAUAAAAUAUAAGCGAAAAAAGCAAUAUAACAACAAUACAAUAGCGCAAAGCAAGAGCACUCAGACUAACGAGCGUCGAGUGUCUGACGUCGAGCGAAAAUCUGAAAUAUGUAAUAGCAAAAUUGAUUGCUUGAAAUUAAAUAGUGUUUAGUAGCGUAUCUGAAAGAUAAAUAAGUUCGCGAAACGGUGCGCCGCAAUUCGGAAUUUGAAAGAAAACGGAAAUUAUUUAAUUCCACCUAACGCAGGGUUUCUGCGGUGCCAGUUUUUUUUUUUAUUUUAUUAUUGUGCUUCGGAAAGUGCUGCAGUGUCAGUGUCGGUGCCGAUAGCACAUUGACAUUUAACGGGUUCUUAGUGAGUUGUUAAGUGCUUUUUGUUUCGCCACAGUGCCGCGAUUAUGUCACAAUUCUGUUAGGCGUUUUUAUUGUUACUAUUGCAAUCGAGAAGAAGAAGCCAUACGCAACGCAAAAGAUUAAUAUUUAGAACUAAGCAAAAGAUCGCAUGGUGAGUGAUUAAUGAUUAGCGCUGCCACAACAAAAACAUCAGCGCCAACGACGACGUCAACCUUAAGCGCAGCCAGUGUGGGAACAAGCGCUAAUGGUGCUUUAGUUUCGUUGGAAGCUGGAUGCUCAACGAAUGCCUAUUGCUCUUGGGCAGAUGUCAAAAGGGCAGUGCGUUAGUGAGUCAAUGAACGUGGGCGAGUGAAUCACAAAGGCAAAGAAAUCAGCUGCUAGGCGAGAGGCUUACGAAAAAACGAACUCAUUGGCAUUCGUCUUAAAGUUUCGUAAAGUAAAGUUCAACGAAAAAAUAGAAGCGUGACAAAAUCAAAUACUUUGUUUAGAUUCCGCAAACGUUUCUUUUAAUGUACUUUUUCGCACAUUAAAUUCGCCAACUCACACACGUCAACAACUACAUAUGUACACACAUACACACAUACAUAUCGCUCAGCACCAGCACGCCCGACGAAACGUGUAAACCACAAUAAAAACAACAGCAAAAAAGCCAACAGCUCACAUCCAACAACGCUACGAACAAGUGAAAUAAAACAAAACGUCGUUUGUUUGCCUUUUAUUCGCUUGAGCGGCUUUUUCUCUGCAUAGCCGCAUCGCCUCGCGCACUAUCCCGGCCGAUAGUCAAACGAACGAACGAAAGUCUUUUUACAUUUUUGCCGUUUAUUUUUUAUUUUUCGUACAUUUGGCUCGGUUUGUCAGUCGCUGAGAUAUCGCCUCGACGCGUUAUAUUCGUGUGCUUCGUGCGGUCGUUGGACGCGUUUCUCAAAUUGGAUUAGACGCACUUGAAUAUCAAAGGCGUUCGCCGACAUUCAGUAACAACAGCGAAAACAACGAAUAAAAGCAGCAGCUCAAAAUUAAGAAUAUUGCGUAAAUCGCUUUUUAGCCGACAAAUAUCAGUUAAAACUUAAUUAAGCAAAACAACAACAACUACAACACAGAAGUAACAACCCCUCAAUUCAUUCUCCAUUUUGCGUUACUCGCCGACUUUUUAUUUUGUUACCAAACACACGCGCGCAGACGUACGAACGCGCGUAUAGCACGCAAUACAUAAUGGCCAACAACUCGACCAAAGUUGGCAAUCGGAAUGCUGCAACAGCGCCAACGGCUGUUGCCACAAAGCCACCACGACAAUCGUUGUUGCCGUUUUAUCUACGCCUGCUAAUGCAAGUUUGCAUUGCUCUUGUGGUGGCCAGCAGUUGCUUGGCAUUGCCAUCAGCCAGUGCAAAAAAUCUCGACGGCCGUCAUCUCCACGCACAUCAUGAACAACAGCACGCACAUCAUCGACGCCGCUUGCAACGCGAUUCGAGCAGCAAAGUUGCAAGCACACACGAACAAUGCCACUACGCCAGGGAAUACUUCGAAUCUAUCGACAUCAAGCUGAAUGGCAACUUUGAGGAAAAAGCGUGCAUUGUCUCGAAAAUGCUGCAAUCGACGCCAUCACUAAAGACAGAGUACGUGGAGAACGUGUGCGAUAUGUCACAUAGCAUGACAGACAAAUAUCAAAGGGCAACGACGUUCGAAGUGAAAAAAGAGUCGCAACGCAAGCAACAGAUCGAACAGCAGGAAGAACGAGAAGAUGCUGAUGAACAUGAAGCCGCUGCCACCGCCGCAGCAGCAAAGUUGCCACAUUGA